GCAAAAGAAAACAUACAGGGUAGCAUUCGCACACAGAUUGGAGGUUUUUAGUCUUUUCACCGCUGCUUUCCGUCACUCAUCUUUUCCGCUUACUUACUCUCACUAUCGGAACCCUAGCUACCUCGCUUCCCACCUUCUAAUUCACCUCCACACCCGCCGCGCCGUCGCCCGCAGAUCCCUCGCCGCCGUGUCCAAACCCCAGUAAACGACUCUACUAACGGAGUUCCUCCGGUUCAGUCUCUUCCGUGAGAGGAACACCAAUAAAAGCUUGCGAAAAUGAGGAUUAUGAUAAAAGGAGGUGUUUGGAAAAACACCGAAGAUGAAAUUCUGAAAGCUGCUGUUAUGAAAUAUGGUAAAAAUCAAUGGGCUCGUAUCUCUUCACUUCUUGUUCGCAAAUCUGCUAAACAAUGUAAAGCUCGUUGGUAUGAAUGGUUAGAUCCUUCCAUUAAGAAAACUGAAUGGACUAGAGAAGAAGAUGAGAAACUUCUUCAUCUUGCUAAGCUUAUGCCUACUCAAUGGAGAACCAUUGCUCCCAUUGUUGGCCGAACUCCUUCGCAGUGUCUUGAAAGGUACGAGAAACUCCUUGAUGCUGCUUGUGUUAAGGAUGAUAACUAUGAGCCUGGUGACGAUCCUCGGAAGUUGCGGCCUGGGGAGAUUGACCCAAAUCCUGAGUCAAAACCUGCUCGUCCUGAUCCUGUUGAUAUGGAUGAGGACGAGAAGGAGAUGCUUUCCGAAGCGCGUGCAAGGUUGGCUAAUACGAAGGGUAAGAAAGCGAAAAGGAAAGCUAGGGAAAAACAGCUUGAGGAAGCUAGGAGGCUUGCUUCUUUACAGAAGAAGAGAGAAUUGAAGGCUGCUGGAAUUGAUGUUAGGCAGCGGAGGAGAAAAAGGAGAGGAAUUGAUUAUAAUGCGGAAAUUCCCUUUGAGAAGAGGCCUCCUUCGGGUUUUUAUGAUCCUACUGAUGAGGAUAGGCCGGUGGAGCAGCCCUCAUUCCCUACUACUAUUGAAGAACUUGAGGGUAAAAGAAGGAUUGAUGUUGAGGCGCAGUUAAGAAAGCAAGACGUUGCAAGGAAUAAGAUCGCAGAGAGGCAGGAUGCCCCGGCUGCUAUUCUGCAUGCUAACAAGCUGAAUGACCCAGAAACAGUUAGGAAGAGAUCGAAACUGAUGCUUCCACCACCCCAGAUUUCUGACCAAGAAUUGGAUGAAAUUGCAAAGUUGGGUUAUGCCAGUGACCUUGUGGGCAGCGAGGAAUUCAGUGAAGGCAGCAGUGCUACACGCGCUCUUCUCUCUAAUUAUCCACAAACACCCAACCAAGCAAUGACUCCUUUAAGAACUCCUCAGAGAACACCAGCUAGUAAAGGAGAUGCUAUCAUGAUGGAAGCUGAAAAUUUGGCCAGACUUAGGGAGUCUCAGACACCACUGUUGGGAGGAGAGAACCCGGAGUUGCAUCCUUCGGAUUUUUCUGGGGUCACUCCCAAGAAAAAGGAAAUUCACACUCCAAACCCACUGCUGACUCCCUCUGCAACCCCUGGAAGUGCAGGCGGCCUUACUCCCAGAAGUGGUAUGACGCCUGCUAGGGAUGGUUUUUCUUUUGGCAUGACUCCAAAAGGAACUCCUCUCAGGGAUGAGCUGCAUAUCAAUGAAGAAAUGGAGAUGCAUGACAGUGCUAAACUCGAGCUACGGAGACAAGCUGAUAUGAAAAAAAGUUUGCGCUCUGGUUUAAGCAGCCUUCCACAACCCAAAAAUGAGUACCAGAUAGUGAUGCAACCAGUUCAAGAAGAUGCUGAUGAGCCUGAGGAGAAGAUCGAAGAGGAUAUGUCUGAUAGAAUUGCUAGAGAGAAGGCAGAAGAAGAAGCACGACAGCAGGCAUUACUUAGAAAACGAUCAAAAGUCCUUCAAAGGGAACUUCCUAGGCCUCCUCCAGCAUCUUUGGAGCUUAUUAGAAACUCCUUGAUAAGAGCUGAUGGGGACAAGAGUUCAUUUGUUCCGCCAACCUCAAUUGAGCAAGCCGAUGAGAUGAUUAGAAAGGAACUUCUAACCUUACUGGAGCAUGAUAAUGCUAAGUAUCCACUUGAUGAUAUAGUGAUUAAGGAGAGAAAAAAGGGGGCCAAACGAGCAGCAAAUGGACCUACUAUCCCUGUGAUAGAAGAUUUUCAGGAAGAUGAGAUGAAAGAUGCUGAUAAGUUGAUAAAAGAUGAAGCCCAGUAUCUUCGUGUGGCAAUGGGGCAUGAAAAUGAUUCCCUUGAUGAAUUUGUUGAAGCACAUACAACUUGCAUUAAUGAUUUAAUGUACUUUGUCACCCGUAAUGCCUAUGGUUUAUCAAGUGUUGCGGGAAACAUGGAGAAGCUAGCAGCUUUGCAGAAUGAAUUUGAGAAUGUAAGAAGUAAGUUGGAUGAUGGUAAGGAGAAAAUGAUACGACUUGAGAAGAAGGUUACAGUACUCACGCAAGGAUAUGAGACGAGAUCAAAAAAAGGUCUCUGGCCUCAAAUUGAGGCCACUUUCAAGCAGAUGGACGUGGCUGCAACAGAAUUUGAGUGUUUUCAAGCUUUAAAAAAGCAGGAGCAGCUAGCAGCAUCGCAUAGGAUUAACAAUCUUUGGUCUGAAGUUCAAAAGCAAAAGGAACUUGAGAGAACUUUACAGAAGAGGUAUGGGGAUCUUAUGGCAGACUUGGAAAGGACCCAAAAUGUAAUAGAGCAGUUCAGGGUACAAGCACAACUACAAGAAGAAAUUGAAGCAAAGAGUUGUGCACUUGAGGGUAAUGAGGUCAAGGCUGAUGAAAUUAAUGUGCAUGGUGUAGAAGACGUACAAACACAACAAGAAAAAGCUGAAGCAAAGAAUCAGGUGCUUGAAAGUACAGAAGCCACUGCCGAUGAAAUUAAUGUGCAGGGUACAGAAAAUUGUGAAGCGGCACCCCUCUCAGCUGACCAGCAAAUAGUCGCCGUGCAUGAUCAGGACACUUCUAGCUCCAAAAAUGAUAUGGAUGUGGAAUUGCCAGAUGCACCUGCUGCAGAGGAUGAGAGUGCAAAAAUUGAAGAAGCUUGUAUUGAAAACAAAGAGACCACACUAGAUAUGAGUGCUGCAGUGGAAAUAAAAAGUAAUGAGGGAAAUGAAGAGGGUCAAGAUGUUCAAAUUCCAGAUGAGGUUAUGGAAUCUGCUAAUCAACCUGAUAAUAGCACAAGAGAAUCUACGCUUGAUGACAUGCAAGUUUCUGAAGGUAAAAAUGAUGAAGCUAAUUAAGGUGGAGAGACUGCAUCAUCAAGGAGAUAUUAGAUUGAAGAGUUAUUGGUCAACCCAGAUAUCCGAAUGAAUUGCAUGGAAAGUGGGUCCUUAUUUAUUGGGUGAUCAAAAAGCACAUGUUUGGAACGUUUAUUUUACCAAGUUUUGCCCUUGUUACUUUUAAGUGGAUGUUGGUGAUGAGCUCUUUUACAUUUCCCUUAAUUAAUUUUUAUCGCACCAUCUCCUCUUAAACUCCUUGAACAAACUAUCAAACGACUGAAUUUUCUUAUGUUCUUUUUGGCCCAUUGACAUGACGAGCAUGGCAAAAGUAUGCCCGAGUGUUGAAUGGUCCUUUAACAAUACAGACUUUUCAUAA